GAGGCCAAGUUAGCUCUUCUCGAGCAAUAGUACUUAAUCUCCUCGGCACCACCACUCCUAGCUAACUAUGUCAAGGGAUCCACUUGUUGUAGGCAAUGUAGUUGGAGAUAUAUUGGACCCAUUUAUUAAGUCAGCAUCACUCAAAAUAUUAUACAACAAUAGGGAGCUGACUAAUGGGUCUGACCUCAAGCCUUCACAAGUAGCCAGCGAGCCAAGGGUUGAGAUUGCUGGGAGUGAUAUGAGAAACCUUUAUACUCUGGUGAUGGUGGAUCCUGACUCACCAAGUCCAAGCAAUCCAACCAAAAGAGAGUACCUUCACUGGUUGGUGACAGACAUUCCAGAAUCAACAGAUGCAAGCUUUGGAAAUGAGAUAGUUAGUUACGAAAGCCCGAAGCCAACAGCAGGAAUACACCGCUUUGCCUUCGUGAUUUUCCGCCAAUCUGUCCGGCAGACCAUUUAUGCACCAGGAUGGAGACCAAAUUUUAACUCAAGGGACUUUUCAGCACUUUACAGUCUAGGCCCACCCGUGGCUGCAGUGUUCUUCAACUGCCAAAGGGAGACCGGGUGUGGUGGAAGACGAUACAUUAGAUGA